AUGUUUGAUUCCAUGGAUACGAUGUUUGACCUUGAGAUUCUUCCACGUCUGCCUGUAAACACCCUUCAAUCCUGCAAAUGUGUAACUAAAGAAUGGAACAAUUGGAUUAAGAACCCAAGUUUCAUAAAUUUUCAUCUGGAGAAAUCCAUUCAAAACCUCAAUUUCAACCUAGUACUCUUCAAUCCCAUCACCAACGCCAUUGGAAACUUUGAUGCUAAAACGCUACUCCCUACUACGGAACUGUACACGUUUAAUUUAAAAAAACAGCUCAUAAUGGUAGGCUCAUGUAACGGCGUGCUUUGCUACAAAUUCAAUGAAUCUUCCGAGGGAUCUCUAUAUGGACUUCUUCUCUACAAUCCGACGACUCGGACUACAAAAACUUUCUAUGUUCCAAAACUUAAUCAUAAUCUUGAAGGAAAUCCAUACUAUAACGAUAAUGAGGCGUUUGGAUUUACAUGUGAUAAUAAGAACAAGGAUUACAAGUUUGUAAGCAUUGUUAGACAAGAAAUCCAUGUUUAUAAUUUAAAAUCAAUGUCUUGGAAGAGAAUCGGAGAGUACUCUGGCAAGUUUUGCUUACAGAGAAUUGGUGGAGACGUAGCGCGAGGUUUUCCAACAGAUAAUGCAUUACAUUGGUUUUAUGGUGACACAUCGGGUAUCAAAGGUAUGUUUAGCAUUGAUUUUGUGUGUAACAAGCAAUUCAAAACGCCGUUUCCAAGAUAUGAUGGAAGACCUAGUUUUGUAUAUCUUAGGGGGAGUCUACAUUUGGUCUUAAGCAAGUACAUAAUGCAUAUGAAUUCAUGGUCGAUUGAGAUUGGUCUUUGGGUUAUGAACAAGUAUGGUAAUUGGCAUGAUUCUUGGGUUCAAUUGUUUAAAGUGCAACUUGAUGAUAUGCAAUACUCCACUAUUCCAAUUUCUUUCACAGAAGACGGCCACAAAGUCUUACUAGAGUCUUGGCGCCAAAGAGAGGAGAAGAACAAGAAGAGUUAUGUUUGGUAUGACCUAUUUACCAAAGAACUUGGCAAUGAACUUCAUGACGUCUCAUCUGAUCUAAUAGCAGAGUCUUGUUUAGAGACACUAGUAGAUCCGCGAAGUAUGUAG